UGCUUCAGUUGAAUUAAAGAGGGAAGCAGACAAGAUCUUUCCUGCUGGCAGCGGGUGUUCAAUAGUCACUGUUCUGAAUGGCGUCUUGCUCCGUCGUGACCGCACCGGCGCUCUCCGCCUCGGCUCCGUCCAGCCGGCGGCGUGCGACUGCGGCCGUAUCUCUCCCUGGUGUUCGCCGCAGCCGGCUCCCGUCACGGGGCGUGCGGUGUAGCGCCGGGCAGGGCGGCGUCAAGGUCCCGGCGAAGCUGGCGGAGCUGUGGGAGGCCGCGAAGGGCGCGCCGCCUCUCGCCGUGCUCGCCGGCGUGGCUGCGGCGGUGGCGAUCUACAAGGUUGGGUCCGGUCUCCUUGCGCCGCGCCCUCCCCAACCCCAGCGGCUGGAGACCAAGACGGCCCCGCCGCCUCCAGUGCCGGAGCCGGUGCAGGUGGGUGAGAUAACUGAAGAGGAGCUGAAGCAGUACGACGGGUCCGACCCCGAGAAGCCACUGCUGAUGGCCAUCAAGGGGCAGAUCUAUGACGUCUCCCAGAGCAGAAUGUUCUAUGGACCUGGUGGGGCAUAUGCGUUGUUUGCUGGUAAAGACGCCAGCAGGGCCUUGGCCAAGAUGUCCUUCGAACAGCAGGAUCUAAAUGGUGACAUAUCUGACCUUACACCAAUGGAGUUCAGUUCCUUGAAUGACUGGGAGUACAAGUUCACCAGCAAAUAUGUGAAGGUAGGAACCGUAAGAAGGGCAGCGCCUGCAGAAGAGGGUUAUGCUGGCAUUUCGCCUGAAAUACGGGAGGAAGUUAUGCCUAUGCCUGUGCUUGAGGCUGAGGCUGAGGCUGAGGCUGAGCCUGACCUGGAGCCCGAGCCGAUUGACGACGAAGCACCAUGAAAGGAAACACAGACAUCUGAGCAACGCGGGGAAGAACCAAAUGGAAGCCGGGGCACUACUGAUAGUGUCCCAAAGGGAGUUAGAAUUUAGGAAUAACCGAACGCGGUGCUUCAUGGAUGUUCGGAAGAAAUAGUAGAUGUGUACUCUUCAGUAGGAUGGAAUGGUUGGAUAAGAAUAUAUGAAGAGGUGUUCUAGCUCAGUGAUGUUCAUGUUCAGAAACGAAAAAAGAAAAAAGAUGCACACGUGAUGGAACAACUUAUCUCUUUUCUUUUCUUUUUUCCUUGGCUCACAUAGCUCCAAAAAGACAUUAUCUCCAUUUGAAUCGGGUUUUAAUCUGUCA